AUGAAAGCUCCAGAGUUUGCAAAGACCGAAGUGAGAUGUGUGGCUUGUAAGUCUUGGUUGCCAUUCGUCCAUUCUCAGUUGCAAAACGUCUCUCUCUCUGUUGCAGGGCUGAACGACAAAACCGACGCUUGCCACAAGUGGAUCGACGAGUUGUCUCGCGAACGGAACGAAACUGCGGCAUCGUGUGACAAAUGGCACGAGCGAACUUGCUGCGACCUCAACACCUACUGCGCCUGGUACAAUCAGCCGUGGUUUCUGUGGACGUGCAUCGGCUUCGGCUUCUUCCUCCUUCUCGCCAUUCUCAUCUCGAUUGCGUCGUGUUGUUGUUGCUGCAAGAGGAGACGAUGA